AUGAACGUCGGAUUCAAAUUUCGCAGUGAGCUAUCGGCCCAUUCUGGUGAUGUGCGGAGUAUCUGUUGCCCCCGGGCUGGUCUGUUGCUCUCGGCUUCACGGGAUUUCACGGUUCGUUCAUGGAACCUAGACACAGACACAUCACAAGUCUCAGAAGGCAAAGUCUAUUCUAACCAUACAAAUUAUGUGUCGGCAGUCACAUACUUGCCAUCAUCGAGUCUCUUCCCACAUGGACUCAUUCUCACGGCUUCCAAUGACAGAAUAAUUCGAGCCUUCAACGAGGUGGACUGCAGCGAACCGGUUUUCGUUCUACAUGGACACACCGAACCUGUUUGUGCACUGGCGACCAACGAUGACGGCUUCAUUUUCAGUGGCUCCUGGGACUCUACGGCAAAGAUCUGGAAUCAUGACCUGUGUCUGGCAACUCUCACACAAUCUAUCAUCGGUACUUCGAAGUGGUACGUUAUCAGCUUGGACGCUGGCCAUCCAGAAGUGCCGAAUGCCAGUUGCUAG